GUAUUUAUUGGAGCAUAUCUUCAUUGCAUGUGCUACAGGUUUAAGAUAGUAGUUUCAGUGUAGACCUUUCCUGAAAACAUCAUGGAUUAUGUGCAAUUUACGGUGAACGGAAGAAAAUGUAAAGUGAACAACGAGUCUCGGCCCACCCAAUCCCUGAACAGCUACAUCCGGGAUGUCCUGGGGCUCCCCGGGACCAAGUCCAUGUGUCGCGAGGGGGGGUGCGGCUCCUGCGUCGUCAGCGUCAGUGCGCUGAGACCUUCGGGGGAGGUUGAGACCUUCGCUGUGAAUUCUUGCUUAGUCCUCGUGUACUCCUGCCACGGCUGGAGCAUCACGACCGUGGAGGGGCUCGGCAGCCGGCGCGACGGCUACAACGACAUCCAGACCCGCAUGAGCAAGUUCCACGCGACCCAGUGCGGGUAUUGUACCCCGGGAUGGGUCAUGACUAUGGACAGCUUGCGGGACAAACAUCUCACUAUGGAGGAGCUUGAGAAGUCAUUCGCGGGUAACACCUGUCGAUGCACCGGAUUUCGACCGAUCAUGGACACUAUGAAGUCUUUCGCCGUAGAUGCCGACCCAAGUCUACUGGCCAAAGUCAAAGAUAUGGACAGUCAGUGUUGCCAGUCAAACCGUUGUUGCGAGACAAAAUGUUCGGAGUCCAGCGAGGAAGCUGAAUGGGAAGUGUGUGAUGCACUAAAAGAUGCUCUGCCACUGCUACCGGUUCAAUUGGACUUCGGAUCGACAAUCUUCCACAAAGUUUAUGAGGAGGACCAUAUCUUUGAGAUACUGAAAGAGGAAGACUAUAAAGAUUGCAUGUUUAUUGUAGGAAAUACGGGAAAAGGUGUAUUGGAAAGUUUUAACUAUCCUCGUGUAUUAAUCGAUAUAAGUGAUGUUAAAUCCAUGAACGGGUAUUUUAAGGACCAAAAUUUGGUGAUUGGUGCUAAUUCAAGACUUGAAGAUGCUAUAACAUGGUUUAGAGAGAUAAGUAGUACCGAUCCAGCUUUUGCCUAUUUGGGUCAGUUUGCCUCACAUAUUGAACUAGUGGCCAAUGUUCCUGUAAGACAGAUUGGAUCUUUUGCUGGUAAUCUGAUGAUGAAGAAGCGAGUGAAAACAUUCCAGUCUGAUAUUUUCUUGCUUUUGUCAUGUGUCCGUGCUACAUUGACUAUUCGUCACAAGAAAGAUGGUACAAAAUCUAUAUCGAUGGUCGAUUUCUUAUCGUACAAUAUGGAGGGUUCACUCAUAGUAAACAUAGAACUGCCACCACUUGGCGAUGAUUAUCAAUUCAUGAGCUAUAAGGUUAUGCCAAGAAGUCAAAAUGCAUUAGCUGUAGUAAACGCUGCAUUUCUGCUACAAAUCAACAAAUCUUCAAACGCUGUACAAGACGCAAGCAUAGCAUAUGGGAACAUCCGUACUGACUUUUACUAUGCAAAGAAAACUGAAAAAUAUUUGAAGGGUAAAAAUGUAUUUACGAACAAAGUGCUACAAAGAGCCAUUCAGACACUGAUUUCUGAACUGGUGCCUGAAAUAAUAUUGCAUGAACCAAGUCCUCAGGCAAGGAAGAAAUUAGCUGUGGGAUUGUUUUAUAAGUUCAUUCUUAACAUCAGCGACAGUCGUAUUCUGUCUCCUACGUAUCGAUCUGGAGGUGAACUAAUCAAAAGGCCAUUGUCCUCUGGGACCCAAGACUACCAACUUAACGAAGAUGUCUUUCCAUUGAACCAACCGGUGCAGAAGCUGGAAGCACCAUUACAAUCUGCUGGAGAAGCCAUUUUCACUAACGAUGUACCUAAAAUUCCCCAUGAAGUAUUUGGAGCAUUUGUUUUGUCUACCAUUCACUCUGGUGAAAUUGAUACUAUUGACGGAUCAAAUGUUAUGAAAGUGAAAGGAGUAUUGGCCGUGUACACAGCCAAGGACAUACCUGGAAAGAACUCAUUUACCUUACCUGGAUUACCACUAAUCACAGCAGAAGAAGAACUACUUGCAUCCAAUAAAAUAUUGUUUUAUGGCCAGCCAGUUGCCAUUGUUGUAGCCAACAACCGAUUCUUAGCUGAAAGCAUGGCUAAACAAGUAAAAGUUACCUAUAAAAAUGUAAGCACUGCAGCUCCGGUAUUGACAAUUGAUCAAGCAAAAAAAGAUAGUUCGAGAUACAAACCUAGCGAUGUAGCUAUAAAGCCCGUAUCAAGAGGUGUUGACGUAACAAAGGUUAUAAAAGGAGUAUUUGAGUUAGGAGGCCAGUAUCACUACUAUAUUGAACCUCUAAGUACAGUGAUCAUACCAGUAGACAACAGGCUGGAAGUUUAUGACACUACGCAGUGGGUUGAUCUCACUCAAACUGCUAUUGCACAGACUUGUGGCAUUAGAGAAAGCGACAUUGUGGUUAAAGUUCCAAGAGUUGGUGGUGGUUUUGGUGGAAAAAUUACUCGAAAUGGGCAAGUGGCAGCCGCAUGUGCUGUAGUGGCAAAAAAUAUGGACAAACCCUGUCGGUUCAUUCUUCCUAUGCAGACUAAUAUGGCCAUAUCUGGCUCGAGGCUGCCAAGUCAAUUCGAUUACGAGGUUGGUGUUAACGAUAACGGGAAAAUUCAAUAUCUUGAUGUUACUAUCGUAGAAGACCAAGGAUGUUCCACUAACGAAGAUAUUUUGAGUUAUGCUAUGGAGAGCUUUACUAAUUGUUAUGAUAAAAAUACUUGGAAUGUAAAAACUGCAAACUGUCUGACCGAUAAACCAUCCAACACUUUUAUGAGAGGACCAGGUGCUGUAGAAGGCAUAGCCGCGAUUGAGCAUGUCAUGGAACACAUUGCUUUUGAAACUAACAGGAACCCUGUAGACGUACGUUUGGAAAAUAUGAGAUCGAGUGACAAUGAUAUACCAACGCUUAUAGAAGAUCUCAAAGUAAAAGCUGACUACGUCAACAGGGAAAAGGCAAUAAGAGAAUUCAACGCUGCAAAUAGAUGGAUGAAAAAGGCUAUUAACAUCAAUGUUAUGUCUUUCCCCGUGGUUUACUAUGGCAAUUAUGGCGCCUAUGUAUCGAUAUAUCAAGGUGAUGGUAGCGUAUCAAUCUCAUGUGGGGGCAUUGAAAUGGGCCAAGGUAUUAAUACCAAAGCUGCACAAGUUUGUGCUUACACUUUAGGCAUACCAUUAGAUCUGGUCAAUAUUCUGCCAAGUUAUUCAUUUGUGAAUCCAAACAACGUGUUUUCCGGCUCUAGCAUCACGAGUGAAAGUGUAUCAUACUCAAUAAUCAAAUCUUGCAAUAUUCUCAAAGAGAGACUAGAACCCAUUAAGCAGGAGAUGGGUGGCAACCCUUCUUGGUUAGAGCUUAUAAAGAAAGCGGGUAUUAAACAGGUGAACUUAUCAGCUGGAUACAUGAUGAAAGAUACUGAGCCAGAUCUAAAACCAUACAGCGCUUUUGGUGUCCAUAUUAUAGAGACCCAGCUAGAUGUCUUGACGGGCAGAUUUGAGAUUUUAAGAUCUGACAUUUUGGAAGAUGUUGGUCUCAGCGCGAAUCCAGAUAUUGAUGUAGGACAGAUUGAAGGUGGUUUUAUGCAAGGUAUAGGAUACUUUGUGUGUGAGAAGUUGGUAUAUGAUUUAAGUUCCGGUAAAUUGCUGACAAACAGAUCUUUGAACUAUCACGUACCACUAGCCAGGGACAUCCCUGCUGACUUCAGGAUAAACUUACGUUAUAACUCCAAGAACACAACAGGAGUUUUAGGAUCUAAAGCGGUGGGCGAGAUGGGUGUGUGUCUCGGGUGCGGCGUCAUGUUCGCCCUGAGGUCCUGCAUCUACGCGUCUCGGUACGACUCGGGUUAUGAACACACUUGGAUCAAUAUAGAUAUACCAUAUGACACUGAGUCAAUACUCAAGGCGUUGGACGUUAAAGAAGAGGAAUUUAUCCUUAAUCAGAGAGGGUAAACGUACUUAAUAAUAAGAUUCAUGUAUUUUUUUGUCUAUGUAAGCCCUAUUUUUUAUUACGUAGUUUGUCUAGAGACCUAAUAUAAAAACAUAUAUUUUAUCAAUCCUCUUAUAUAUAUCCAGCUCAUCAUAUAUUUCAAUCAAAUUUCAAAUAGCUGAAUCCACUAUCACAUAAAUAAAUGUAUAAUUUAUUGUAUCCAUCGCCACCUAGACAAGUUUCUAAUAUUAUGGCAGAAUUUUAUUGUACCAUUAAAAUUUUAUAAUUGUUAACUUAUAUUAAACUCAAGUUAAAAUAUUUAUUGGAUCAGUUACAUUUUACUACGUAUUCUGAUACAAACCGAAGUUCAACAUCCUUACAAAUUAAAUUAUGAAACGUGUUGCCAUUAUGAUCACACAAUUUGUAAAAAUAAACAUGAUUGGAUUAUAAUAUAAAAUUUAAAGAUCAUUAAUCAUGUUCGCAGAUUUGGAGCUAUUUGAAUAAAAAUAUUAAAUUAAUAUAAUAAUUAA